AUGGCAGAAGAAGAUUUCAGGUGGUUUGAGGGAGACGUGGAGACAGAGGUUGAAGAGUUUACACCGGCGCCCGGUAGAGUUUCUUCCAUAAACUAUGUAAUAGAUGCUCUUGGAGGGGUAUUCUAUUCCGUUUUUACCCUUUCGCUGGUGAUAAGGCUCGUUACAUACGUCUUCGGCCUUAAUCCGUCCAUAUUAUCUGUGAGUCUGAAUGUGGUAUUUCUAAGCGUCAUUGUCAUAUCCUUGCUGUUCAUACUUCUUGCAGUGGCAAGAGAAGCGGUAACAUUCGCAGCCCUGACUCUUGGGCUGGCCGAGAACUCGGACACACACGCAAAGCUUCAGAGGCUUGUGAUGAUUUCGGCUUGGUUUAUGCUCAGCAUGUACUGGCUGAAGUACGUGAAGAGGACCUGGGGAUACGACUUCAAUGCCAUCCAUAAGGCAUUUGCAUGUGGAGUGAUAACGUCUGCAGCAUACUCGGUUGUAACGGUUGGAAUGGGAUACUUCGAGAGCUUUUUCUUGAAGAAGACGCUCAGAAGCAAGCUUGAUGAUGUGCAGAAGACCGAAAGAAUAUUGUAUGCGAUGAAAAACUACAGGUACGACAUCUCGGAGUCUGUAAGCGGAACAACUCCGGAGUGCUCGUGCAAAGACCUUUUUUGCUUCAGGGCAUCAUCUGCCACCAGAAGCAGAGAGUCUAGGAGGAGCAGCGAGGAAGGCUUCCAUUUGUUCACUGGAGGUCUUCAGAUCAACCCCCCGGAGAUCCAUGGGAUCAUGGAUGCCAAGACCCUGGCAAGGGAUGUGUUCGCCAAGGUCAGCGCUGGAAAGGAUGUCCUUUCGUUCGAAGACUUCAGCGCUAUAUUUCCAAGCGCACAGGAUGCCUUGGAUGCAUUUUCCUUCUUCGACUCAAACAGCGACAGAGUGAUCUCGAAGAAGGAAUUCCGCGACACAAUCAUAUACUUCUACAUGGAGAGGGUGAAUCUCGAGAAAAGCAUUAUGAGAACAGAGGACUUUAUUGGUGUGCUUGCAAAUGUCCUCAAUAUCAUUGUAUUGGUGGUGCUCUGUUUCACUUACCUCAUUAUUUUCGGGAUUCCGCUCAAGGAGCUGCUAGCAUUGACGCUUAGUGGGGCUCUUGCCUUCAACUUUGCUGCAAAAGAGAUAGUCAUCGAUCUGUAUCACAACUUCAUGAUGCUUGUCAGUCAUCAGUUUGAUGUAGGUGACGAUGUCAUAAUCGACGGUGUCGACUACAGGGUUUAUGGGUUCGGGCUGACAAACACAUCGCUCAUCGGGGAAGGCGGGGGGAAGAUAAAGUUCCUGAACAGCGAUCUUUGGAAGAGGAACCUUAUCAACAUGACAAGAGCCCCCGAGAAGAUAGUUGUGUUCAACUUCGAUCUGAAUCCUAAUAUAAAGGUCGAGGAAUUUACACGCUUUAAAAGCAGAAUACAUGAAUUCAUCAAGACAAGACCAUUCGACUACGAUGACUCGUUUUCCGUCCAGUCGAAGGCUGAAAGCUUCACAGGCAUCGACGUUCUGAGCUGCACAAUGGUCCUGAAGUGCAAGACCUACAAGAACAAGUCGAAGAAAUUUCUCCUUAGAGUUGAGAUGACCUCGUUCCUGAGAUCGCUGAUAGCGGACAUGAACAUCGGGGCAAAGUGA